UCCGUGUGUCUGGAGGAAGCGGAGAGACCGGGAGAGAGAGAGACGGAGACCGGGACCGGGACCCCCUUCACCCCCCCAAACACGCGCUUUACAGGUUAAUGUGAACCAGCGCGCGCGCACACGCACACCGCAGCAUCACGGGAUAGCAGUGAACCGAGUGUGGUGAGAUGGAGGAUGGGAAACCGGUUUGGGCGCCCCACCCUAUAGAUGGGUUCCAGCUGGGCACCAUCGUGGACAUUGGAGCGGACAGCUUGACCAUCGAGCCCCUAAAGGAGAGAGGAAAGCCAUUUCUUGCUCCUGUUAACCAAGUGUUCCCUGCUGAGGAUGAUGUCAACAAGCAUGUGGAGGACAACUGCUCGUUGAUGUACCUGAAUGAAGCCACUCUUCUAAACAACGUCCGUGUGCGCUACAGUAAAGACAAAAUCUAUACUUAUGUGGCCAACAUCCUGAUAGCAGUGAACCCCUACUAUGACAUCCCCAAGCUCUACUCUUCCGACACCAUCAAGCAGUACCAAGGCCGCUCACUGGGCACGCUCCCUCCUCACGUCUAUGCAAUCGCUGAUAAGGCCUAUCGCGACAUGAAGGUACUAAAGAUGAGUCAGUCCAUCAUUGUCUCUGGGGAAUCAGGAGCAGGGAAGACUGAAAACACCAAGUUUGUACUCCGCUAUUUAACAACCUCCUAUGGAACUGGUCAGGACAUUGAUGAAAGAAUAGUUGAAGCGAAUCCUCUGCUGGAAGCAUUCGGGAACGCGAAAACUGUCCGGAACAACAACAGCAGCCGUUUUGGCAAGUUUGUGGAAAUUCACUUUAACACAAAGAAUGCAGUGGUAGGGGGCUUCGUGUCUCAUUACCUGCUGGAGAAAUCUCGAAUCUGCAGGCAGAGCCAGGAGGAGAGGAACUACCAUAUCUUCUACAGACUGUGUGCAGGAGCUUCUGAAGACAUCCGGGAACAAUUUCACCUCACCUCUCCAGACUCUUUCAGGUACCUGAACCGGGGAUGUACACGCUACUUUGCCACCAAGGACACGGACAAGCAGAUCCUGCAGAACCGCAAGAGUCCAGAGCACAUGAAAGCAGGUCCUCUAAAGGACCCUUUGCUGGACGAUCAGGGGGACUUCAACCGGAUGGUGGUGGCAAUGAAGAAGAUCGGGCUGGAUGAUGCAGAGAAGCUAAACCUGUUCAGGGUGGUGGCAGGAGUUCUUCACCUGGGAAACAUCGACUUUGAGGAGGCUGGCAGCACUUCAGGUGGCUGUAUCUUAAAGAAGCAGUCAAAUCCUGCUCUGGAGCACUGCGCCGAGCUGCUGGGUUUGGAUGAAGAGGAUCUGAGAGUCAGUCUCACCACCAGAGUCAUGCUCACAACAGCAGGGGGCACUAAAGGCACAGUCAUCAAGGUUCCUCUGAAAGUGGAGCAGGCGAAUAACGCUCGGGACGCUCUGGCCAAAGCUGUGUACAGUCGCCUCUUUGAUCAUGUGGUCACCAGGGUCAACCAGUGCUUCCCCUUCGACUCCUCAGCUAAUUUUAUUGGUGUGCUGGACAUCGCCGGCUUCGAGUAUUUUGAGCACAACAGUUUUGAACAGUUCUGCAUCAACUACUGUAAUGAGAAGCUCCAGCAGUUCUUCAAUGAGCGAAUUCUGAAAGAGGAGCAAGAACUGUACCAGAAAGAGGGUCUCGGAGUGAACGAAGUGAAAUACGUUGACAAUCAGGACUGCAUAGACCUGGUGGAGUCAAAACUAGUGGGCAUCUUGGACAUUCUGGAUGAAGAGAACCGUCUACCUCAACCCAGCGAUCAGCACUUUACUGAGACUGUCCACAACAAACACAAAAACCACUUCCGCUUGACUGUCCCCAGGAAGUCGAAGCUGGCGGUGCACAGGAAUGUGAGGGAUGAUGAAGGAUUUAUCGUCAGACAUUUUGCAGGAGCAGUUUGUUAUGAGACGGGUCAGUUUGUGGAGAAGAAUAACGAUGCUCUGCACAUGUCUCUGGAGAGUCUCGUGAGCGAGUCUAAAGAUCGGUUUAUACGAGAGCUUUUUGAAAACUCCAUCAACUCCAAAGAUGUCAAGCAGAAAGCUGGUAAACUCAGCUUCAUCAGUGUGGGCAACAAAUUUAAGACCCAGCUGAACAUCCUACUGGAAAAACUUCGCAGCACGGGUUCUAGUUUUAUCCGCUGUGUGAAGCCCAAUCUGAAGAUGGUCAGCCACCAGUUUGAAGGAGCUCAGAUUCUCUCCCAGCUCCAGUGCUCAGGGAUGGUAUCGGUCCUGGACUUGAUGCAGGGCGGUUUCCCUUCCCGAGCGCCCUUCCACGAGCUCUACAACAUGUACAAGCAGUACAUGCCCCCUAAGCUGACACGCCUGGAUCCUCGCCUCUUCUGCAAGGCUCUGUUCAAAGCUCUGGGCCUGAAUGAGCACGACUACAAGUUCGGCCUCACUCGAGUCUUUUUCAGACCAGGAAAGUUUGCAGAGUUUGAUCAGAUAAUGAAGUCUGAUCCGGAUCACCUGGCUGAGCUGGUCAAACGGGUCAAUAAGUGGCUGAUUCACAGCCGCUGGAAGAAGGUGCAGUGGUGUGCACUGUCUGUUAUCAAACUGAAGAAUAAGAUUCUGUACCGGACCAGUGCCUGCAUCAAAAUGCAGAAGACUGUACGCAUGUGGCUGUGCAAGCGGAAGCACAAACCACGCAUUGACGGCCUGGUGAAGGUGCGCAGUCUGAAAAAGCGGAUGGGGAAGUUUAACGAGGUUGUGUCCGGCCUCAAGGAAGCCAAACAAGAAAUGAGCAAACAGAUCCAGGAUCUGGACGCCUCCAUCGAUGCGCUCAUGUUCAAGAUCAAGAGCACCAUCAUGACCCGUAUCGAAAUCGAUCACGAGCACCAGGCGCUGGUGACCCGCUCGGAGCAGCUGCUGACCACCAUGCAGAAGCAGAAACAGCAGGAGGAGGAGCGAGAGAGACUGCGCCGCAUCCAGGAGGAGAUGGAGAAAGAGAGGAAGAGGAGAGAAGAGGACGAGAAGCGCCGCAAACAGGAGGAGGAGGAGAGACGCCUGAAAGCAGAGAUGGAGCUGAAGAGAAAGCAGGAGGAAGAGGAGAGGAAGAAGAGAGAAGAGGAGGAGAGGAGAUUGCAGGAGGAGAUGGAGCGGCAGUUGGAGGCGGAGCGAGAGGAGGAGGCAGCGCGGCAGGCGGUGCUUGAGCAGGAAAGGCGAGAUCGAGAGCUGGCUCUGCGAAUCGCUCAGAGUGAGGCGGAGCUUAUCCCGGAGGAACUGCCGGGAGAUGCACUCCGCAGUAAUGGCAGCGUCCCGUCAUCCCCCGAAAGAGUUAUUGUUGCUGCACCACAGAAGCUCAAGAGCUUGACCAUGGAAGAAAUGGCCAAGGAAAUGUCUGAGCUCUUGGCUAGGGGUCCACAGGUGCAAGCCACAAAGGCUGCGGCCAAUACCAAGAAGUACGAGCUCAGCAAGUGGAAGUACGCCGAACUCCGGGAUGCCAUCAACACAUCCUGUGACAUCGAGUUGUUGGCAGCCUGCAGGGAGGAGUUCCACCGCAGGCUGAAGGUCUACCACGCCUGGAAGUCCAAGAACAAGAAGCGCAACACUGAGACGGAGCAGAGAGCGCCCAAAUCAGUCACGGAUUUCGAUCUCCCCCAACAUGCGAGAAAAGAGCCCCAGCAGAAUGCACCUCCACCCAUCCCCACACGGCAGCAUGAGAUCCUGAUGAACCGGCAGCAAAGAUAUUUCCGUAUCCCCUUCAUCAGACCAGGAGAUCAGUACAAAGACCCCCAGAACAAGAAGAAGGGCUGGUGGUACGCCCAUUUCGACGGUCCCUGGAUUGCCCGGCAAAUGGAGCUACACCCAGAAAAACAGCCAAUAAUACUGGUGGCAGGUAAGGACGAUAUGGAGAUGUGUGAGCUGAGUCUAGAGGAGACUGGUUUGACCCGUAAGCGAGGAGCGGAGAUCCUGCCCCGGCAGUUUGAGGAAAUCUGGGAGCGCUGCGGAGGAAUCCAGUACCUGAGGACCGCCAUCGAGACCCGGCAGGCUCGACCCACCUACGCCACCGCCAUGCUCCAGAGCCUGCUGAAGUAGACCUGCACCGUUGAACACUGACACACACAAACACACACACACUCAUGUGACCAAUACUUACGGCACUGCCACACUAGAUGGGUUCUCGUAGACUUGCGUACGUGGACUCCUACUCCAGGUGUCUAGAUCAAAGGGAAGAAUGCAGUCGCUAGCGAAGUCCGCACUGAGAGAGCAGUAGGACUCACUUUACAUGUUUCUCAACUUGUCAGUGAACUUUUAUUUGUUUGUUUUUUUUUUAAUUGCUAGUCAUCAUUUGUGUUGGUCCUCAAUGUUUGAUUACCCUUUCCGAUUGUGUCUCGUCCUUAAAAUUCAUGUUCCUGUUGAUUUAAGCUGAAUCACGGCAUUGGCUAUUGUUUUGCAUUUGCAUUAGUUUGUCUUUGCAUAAUUUAGUUUUUUUUUUUUUUCGUUCCCCCACAGAACAUCUAUAACUCCAACUAAGAGGCCUUAAUAACUGUAAUAAUUACCAGGGUGAUUCUUUCUAAGCUGCCUCUCAAUGCAAUGUUUCAUUUUUUUGUAUAUUAUGCGAUAAAUAUUUCUAAACAAUAGCUGAUAAUUCAGGUUUUCCAGUAGGAAUGUCCAGAUUCAGAAGCACAUCAUUCGCAGACGUAACAUUCUAUAAGACUUCACUUUAUAUAGCAGUAAUGUUGUAAACCUACUUAAAUGAAAUUUUUAACCAUUCCGUUUUGAUACGACACUUGUGACUACUGAUAGCAUGGGGAUACACAACUGGAAAAGCAAACGGUUUCAGAUUUUUUGAAACCGUGAACAAUAUACAUAAUACAAUUACAAACAAUAUGAUAAAUAAUGUAGUUGUUUCUUUUUUUCUUGACUCUCUUUGUGCUAACAAUAUCGCUUUGUCACAUAUGGACAUUACCUUUGCACUGAGAAGCUGUCAAAAAAAAAAAAAAGUACAAGACAUCAUCUGCAGUUUAGAUUUAAACACACAAAAGAUGCACUAUAUUUUCUGAGCAACUUUUCUAAGACCUCCUAACCAUCUUGACUGUACCUAACGCUCGUCCAGCUACUACUGAAUGUAUAGAACAUUUUGAAAUGGCAUUUUUUCCUCUUGCGUAAAGAUAACAGUUAAAAUAUAAGGGUAUUUGGCGAGCCACUUUGUACUGUUCAGUUAAAACCCUCCUAGUUUUUCAUUGUAAUUAACUACAGCUUUAGCUACACCAGAAUCCUUACAGAGAUUUUCCUUAACCUUGGGAAACAAACACAACAAACAAACAAAAAAAAACAUUUUAAUGUGUGUGAAAUUAGAAAUUUCUUUGUCAGUAAAUCAAGGAUGAACUCUGGGUAUAGAAAUUUAUGCAAUACUUGAUUAACCAUGCAUAUAUAUGUAAUAUGUAUGUGUGUGUAAAAACUGUGUCGAAUUAUGUGUGGCUUGGUUGCUGUCGGACCAAAUAUGUAUGCUAGCAAAUAAGUGAAGACUCUUGGGGACGGGAGGGACAGAACUCUGUACAAAGCUGAAUAACAUCCUUUAGCUGCUGUGUGCAUGACCUCACCAACCGAAUAAACUUGUCGGUAUUCUUCC